AUGAACAAGUCCAAAUUAUUUUUGAAUCAGAAACUAACCAGUAUUAUUUGUCCAAGUGUACGAUUUUUUAACGUAGAUGGACCAAACUCGAUCAAGUUGUGGAAUAAAUAUAAUAAGAUUGUGUACAGACCUCGUAAACCAGGAGAACCACGCUUACCUGCUGAAGUGACUCAUUAUCGUCAAGAUAUAAAAUACAGUCCAGAUAAACUAUGGUUUUUAGCCUGUAUGAUUCGUGGAAUGAGUAUAGACGAUGCCGUAAAACAACUGUCAUUUAAUAAACAGAAAGGUUCCAAAGAAAUCAAAGAGGUUUUAUUAGAAGCUCAAACUGAAGCAGUGGAACUUCAUAAUGUUGAAUUUAAAUCCAAUUUGUGGAUUGCUGACUCUUUGGUUGGUCGAGGAAUUGUUCAUCAAGGAAUACGGUUUCACACCCGUGGACGAGCGUACCGAUUAAAAUUACGUCACGCAAAUUAUUUUGUUCGUUUGAGGGAAGGAAAACCACCGAAACAUUAUUAUCCUCCCCCUCCAACUGGAAAUGAAAAAUUAGAAGAAUAUAUUCAGGAAAUGAGAUCGCGUAGAAUUAAGAACGAACUUUGA